CCCGAUCGUCAGCCAGCGCAGACCUCAAGUCCUUAGUGGAAGUUUAGUCUUAUGCGAGACGUCCGCCAAAGCGGAAGGAAUUUAAGUUUGGUGAAAGACUUCCGAAAGCACGGGCGUGAAUGCUCGUAAUGUGAAAUUCGGAGGUGUCGCUAUAAUAACGGUAGAAUAAUAAUUUAUCGCAUUUGUCAGUUUCGCGAAAUCGGUGUCGAAAUUCAAGCAGAGCAUAUCAAAGUGGUGAUCGGCUGGUGAAAUGGGACUUUCGAUGAAAUUGUGUCUGUUCGCGGUUGUGAUUGUGCUCGCGUUUAUAGGUUCCGGGGAUGCAUUUUUCUUCCUGCUAAAGUCAUUGGCCCACAUCGGACGGUACGACACCGGCUACGAUGACCAAUACAACUAUGUGCAACCUACUUACGACAAUCCACAGGUGAAGGAGGUUCCGGAGUAUGAUUUCAUUAUCGUGGGAGCUGGUCCUGCCGGGUGUGUGCUAGCCAACAGGCUGUCGGAAAAUGCUCGAUGGAAGGUUCUAUUGCUGGAGGCAGGACCUGGCGAAAAUGAGCUCAGCAACAUUCCGAUAUUGACGACGUUUUUGCAGAAUUCACAAUACAACUGGGCCGAUGUGGCGGAGGCCCAAAACGACUCUUGCUGGGGCAUGAUUGACCAGCGAUGCAGCAUUCCCCAUGGCAAGGGUCUCGGUGGUUCAACGCUAAUCAAUUACAUGGUGUACUCCCGAGGCAACCCAGCCGAUUACGACCGUUGGGCUUCGAUGGGCAAUCCGGGCUGGUCCUACAACGAUGUCCAUCCAUACUUUCUCAAAACUGAACGAGCAUCCUUACGGGGGCUGGAGAACUCCUCCCACCAUGGAUUCGGUGGAGAACUUAGCGUAGAGUUUCCACCGUUUCGUACGGAACUGGCUCGAACCUUUGUGAAAGGAGCGCGUGAAAUUGGGCACAAGAAGAUUGACUACAAUGGCAAAUGUCAGGUCGGGGUGUCUUAUGUGCAAACAAACACCAUAAACGGAAUGCGUCAAACCGCGUACCGUGCCUUUAUCGAGCCAAUACUAGCAAACAGACCGAACUUACACGUUAAAGCAUACAGUAGAGUUACCAAAAUCCUUAUCAAUCCGAAUACUAAGACUGCCUACGGAGUAACGUACACAAAGAACUUCAGGAAUUUCGAUAUACAUGCACGUAAGGAAGUUAUUGUUACUGCUGGUGCCAUAAAUUCGCCUCAACUGUUGAUGCUUUCCGGAAUUGGUUCUGAAGAUGUGCUCCAACAUAUAAAAGUUCCUGUAGUACAAAAUCUUCCAGUGGGACAGAACAUGAUUGACAGUAUUGUGUUCAAUGGGUUGACGUUUGUGCUGAACGAAACUGGACGGGCUUUACUCACUGAUAGCAGAUUCCAGUUGAAUUCUAUCGCAGAUUACUUUAAAGGACAAGGUCCUCUGACGGUACCGGGUGGAGUGGAAGCUGUAGACUUCUUACAAACCAGCAGAGCUGACCAACCUGGAGUACCGAAUGUUGCAAUCAUCUUUUCAACAGGAUCGCUGGUAUCUGAUGGAGGACUCGGUUUACGCAGCGGAAAGAGAAUCAAAACAAGCUUAUAUAAUAAGGUUUACAAACCUUUGGAGACUUUACCAAACGAUCAGUGGACUGCGACGGUGGCUUUACUCCAUCCCAAGUCAAGAGGAUACAUCAAUCUGCGUAAUGCCAAUCCAUUCAACAGUCCCAAGAUACACACAAACUAUUUGACUGUGGAGGACGACGUGGAAACGAUGCUUGAAGGAAUUAAAGAAGCGGUAAGAAUAUCUAAAUCCCCAUCGAUGAAACAAUACGAUGCACGAGUUCUGGGAAUUCCGCUUCCAAACUGUAAGCAAUAUCCGAUUACUGACGACGAUUACUGGCGUUGUGCCAUUCGGACGCUUUCCAGCACGGCAUAUCAACAACUUGGCACUUGCAGAAUGGGACCGCUGGGCGAUCCGAAGGCUGUUGUUUCAGCCGAUUUAGAGGUACAUGGAGUAGAAAACCUGAGGGUAGCCGACGUGAGUGUUGUUCCAACAUCAAUUUCCGGGCAAUCCGCUGCUAUUGAUUAUAUGGUUGGGGAGAAGGCAGCGGACCUGAUAAAACAACGUUGGACAUCGUGAUAAAUGAUGGCUCUCUACGCAUUAGUUUCACAUAGCAUGAUUUCAUCUCAAAUCUUACAAUGUAAGAUGAUUCACAAACACAUAAGAUAAUUUAUUUAUAUCAUAAAUUUUAAUUAUACUAAUUAAUCAAUGUAUAUGGCUGUUUGUCCGAAAAAUUCUUUCCAAAAAAGUUUCCUCAGAACAACAUGCUUUGGAAAACCAUAUUUUGUUUACAAGUCACACUUUGAUGGAAAACCCUUCGCAACCGAUUUUUUUUACAAGGCUAAUACCAGAACUAAGCAAUACAUAUAUUAUCAAGGACCACCAUUCGAACAAUGUUCACAUUUCAAGUGAUGCUGCAUUUUCUUUCAUAAGUUAGAUUACCCUCCGCUUUCAUGCAGCAUGAAUUAAUUUAGAUCCGAUUUUUAUUCAAUGUGAGCCGCCCAGAAGUGAGGCAAACCCUUUUUAAAUAUACGUUUGUUAGCGUAUUGCAUGUCCCCUCAGUUUGUUAGAGAGUGAUAAGUAUUUGUAUGUUUCUAUCUUCAACAGAAAUUCUUGCCUCAUCGCAUGUACCCUUAUUUUGAACUAUAUAUCAUCCCUGUUUAAAACCAAUGUCUAUGUGUUUUAUUAAAAGUCUGAUUAUUUUGUCUUUUCUCAUAGAUCACAAACUUGAGUUAAUUGCAUUGAUUAGUAUCGGAAACUCUCAUAUAAAAAACUGGGGAAGUUCAUUUAAAACACUAAGUUGUGAGUCGGCUAUAAGCUAAUUGCCAUGAGCAAUAAGCUUGCAAAAAGGCGUAAGCGAAGAUUUCUCAAUGAAAACGAUAAUAACUGAAAAACUACACAUUUGCAAAGAUAAUUGACUAGUACAUAAAAUGUUGAAUUUUCAUUGCAAAAAAAUAUAUAUAUACUACAAUCAUAAUGAU